UAUAAACAAUAAAAAUUUCUUUUAAUUUAAAUAAAAAUAAAAUACUAAAUGAAGUCUCUAGAAUUAAGUGCAUUCGAAAAAGUCUCACAAAAUUUAGAUGUGGCACAGUACCUUUUCAAAUUUCUCGAAAUUCCAGAUCAACUACGAUUCGCCAAUGUUUCGCCGCAACUAAUGUUUGUCUUUCGCCACUUUAUAUGGGAUGAAAGCAACUACACAAAACUGCAAAUAAUGAAAUACUUACACAUAAUUCGUGUGGAAAAUUACAAUGACAAUCGCAUGGAUUUGGAUCUUUAUUUGGAAGAAUAUGAAUAUUUUUUAAAUAUUUUUGGUUUCGAUGUGCUAGAAUUGAAAGAAAGUCAUGGCAGUGCUUUAAACAUAUCUCACACGUUAAAAAACCUGACCACAAUUAAAUACAAUUAUUUGCUUAUUUGCAAGGACCAGUUACAAUUAUUGGCUCAAAUGUGCACACAAUUGGAAACCCUAUUCAUUUAUGGCUGCUGUAAUAAGAAACACAAAAUCAUCCGCCUGGGUCUGGAUAUCGAAGUGACCCAUUUGUUGGCCAUGAAGAGGCUGAAAACAUUUUCACUUAAAACUGGCCUGGAUUACAAAAUAAAAUAUGGUUUUGUGGAGGACUUUAUGAAAAAAUCAAAACCACCUUUAUACUUAAGCAGCCUAAUAGAGACUCUGGAUAUUUAUAUGCCCAAAUUGAAUGUACGAUUUUUGGAAAUAUUCACCCACCUCAAAUCACUAACAAUCACCGUGUUUAAUCCCGUUACCAGGCAGGAGAUUCUUGAUAUGGGUGAAUGUUGUCCUGAACUUAAACAAUUGACAUUACAUUAUGUCAGCUUUGAAGAUGCAGACAAUUUCUCAGCUUUAAGAAAUUUAAGCGAUUUAUCGUUCUACAACUGCGAGGGCUUGACUUAUGACAAUUUAAAGGAGAUUUUAACCAAAAUUCAAUUGGUGACAUUUACUUCGAUUGGCACUAAAUAUGAAGGAAUAUUUCAUUACUAUUUUAUAGCGCCUACAAUAAAAUCCAUUUAUAUUGAUGCCAUAAAAUCUUUUGAUUUUAAAUCGGAAAUGGAGUUUUAUAGAUUCUUAAGAAGGAGUGUUGAAUAAAAGUUUUUUUUAAAUGUAAA